CUUAUGGGUAACCGUCACUCUUCCAAUGGUAGAAACGAUAUUUUAAGAUCCCAAAGACAGAUAAACGAAAGAGACUUGACUAGUUAUCGCAACCAUAUUCCAACACAAGAGAGUAACAGAGAAAUAGAAACGACUUCAAGAGAACGAAUGAGAACUGGAACAGCACAACUAUUGGUGGAAGGACCGUUGAACACUUCCUCAAAGAUUCCAGUUUACUUUGAGAAAGCAAAACCAAUUACUUUGAAUUUGAGAAAAGAAACAUUGAGGACAAAGCCACUUCCAGACGACCCCGGUUUGUUACUAUUGGAAUUCAUCUUUGACGCUUCAGUGGCUGGAUAUAUUACAGUAUAUUAUUUUGCAAAACAAGUGUCAGCUCUUGACUUUACCCAAUUUGAAGGAAAGUAUGAGAAAUAUCCAGGGAAAACCUCCUUUCAACCAGGUAGUUAUCAAUUCUAUCGGCAAAAGCCGGCAAAAGGGUUGAAAAUACACAAGUCUUUGAAAGAAGAAUUAUUCUAUGAUGGAGGUACCUAUUUUCCUCUAGUAAUUGUUCUUGAGUCUCGACAAGAAUCUUUCCAUUCCUCACCAGUUACGUCCUCCUCUAAGCAAACUAGAAAAGGAAAAGCUUCAACAACAACCCAUGCUACUGCCCAGUUAACUUUUGGCACAUUUGUGAGGAACCCUGACAACUCGAUUGGCGUGAAGUGUCUCAAACAGCAAAUAGUUAUUAACGGAGACUUGUAUCAACUUGAAGACAUAUUUGGUUUGGAAGAAGAUAGUUCAAAGUCCAAUCAACUUUGUUUAAUCUGUAUGUUGGAUUCCAUCGACACGUUAUUAUUGCCUUGUAGACACCUCUGUCUGUGUAUUGAAUGUGCAGAAAGAAUACGAGUUAGGUCCUCUUGCUGUCCCUUAUGUAGGCAUCCCAUAGCGCAAAUACUUCAAAUUCAUAGUCGGUAUCUUAACAAAGAGUAGAAAUGGAAACUUGCAAUCUCUAAGAAGAAGAGGACUGAGCUCCCCUUCCACUCCAGUUGAUCCAAGGGACAUGAGCCAUCUAAAAUGUUUUGU